AUGAAUAGUAUUACAACGAAAUCAUCUCAAUUAAUAUUACCUAAUAUCAUCAAUCGAUUGAGUAUCAGCAGCAGCAGCAUCAGCAGCACAGCAACUGCAUUCAAUCUCAUAAUAGAUCAACAACAACAACCAACAAGACACCACACGACAACGACAGCGCUUUCUGCAGCUGAGAAUCUAUUCACAACGGCAUCUAGGUCUAAUACAGAGAUGGGCAAGCAUCCUUCUGCCCCACAUAAACAAAAGUUUAAACGUCCACCUAAAAACAAACCAUAUCAAUCUCCAAUACUCGACCAAGUUGUCGAUAAUGAUAUUAAUGACGUUCAUAGCAAUGACCAACAAGAAAUGGGAAAUGAUUAUAACAACAACGUAAAACGUCAAUAUCCUAAUCACUUUAGUCGCCAACAUCAACAUCAGCAACAAGGUGUAAGAACCGUCGAAUCAUAUUCAAACAAUGAUGACAACAAUAGCAGUGGCAGUGAUAACAAUAACAAUAACAACCAACGUUAUAAUCGACGUCAAUACCCUAAUAAGCAAUUUUCGCAACAACAACAACAACGCGAAGGUUAUCAACCACAAGAAUACCAACAACAGCAGCAAGAUCAAUAUCAACCAAGACGGUUCCAUCAACAAGGAGGUCACCAACAACAACAACAACGCGAAAGUUAUCAACCACAAGGAUACCAACAACCAAAUCAAUACCAGCAACCAAAACGAUUCCAACAACAAGGAAGUUAUCAACAACAGCAACAAGGAUAUCAAAAUUUCCAAGAUCAUGGCCAAUAUCAACAGUUUCCACAACAACAACAACAACAACAGCCAUUCCAAUCCUACAAUAAUAAUAAUAACAAUCAAUCAUCGUCACUAACAGGAGGGUAUGGAAGAUACAAUGAUGAUUUUAAUAAUAAUAAUAAUAAUAAUGGAAGAUUCAAUAAUAAUAAUAAUAAUAAUUCCUUUGAUAAUAAUCAACUUUUUAAUAAUAAUAUUAAUCAAGGCUAUAAUCCAAGAGUGUUCAAUAAUAAUAAUCAAAACCAACUUUUUAAUAAUAGUUUUCCUCAACAACAACAACAACAACAAAGGACCGUAAGAAUGUACAGCACCAAUAAUAAUAAUAACGAUUUAAACCAACAACAACUGUAUAAUAAUAACAACAACCAAGAUUUAAAUGAUGAAAAAAAUGAACAAGUGGAGGAUGAAGACGAUGAUGAAGAAGAAGAUGUUACGAUAGAUACAAGUAAAAUGACACCAAAAGAAAUCAAAGCUGCAAGAUUAUUAAGAAGAAAAGAAAAAAAGAAAAAGAAACUUCUUCUAAAGAAAUCAGAAAAAGAAAAUGAAACUAAAAGACAACUACAACAACAGUUUAAUGGUUUUAAUAACUCUUUCAACAACAACAACAACAAUCAAUUCCAAUAUCUACAAAAACACCAACAACAACAACAACAACAACAAAAUAACAAUAACAAUUAUUUUAACAAUUAUAAUCAAAAUCAAAAUCAAAAUCAAUAUGGUUAUCAAAAUGGUUAUAUGGGUAACAACAAUAACAACAACAACUACAACAACAACAAUAAUAAUAAUAGAUUCGUUAAUCAUCAAUCAGCUAGAUAUAUUCACAAUAGUCAUAAUAAUCAUUAUAAUAAUAAUAAUAAUAAUUACAAUAAUAAUAAUAAUAAUAAUGACUUUAAUGAACCACCAUUGACAGAGGUGGAGAGAAUGAAAAGAUUUUACAAGGCAGCAGGAGUAUUUAUCGUAUCGAGGGAUCCACAAGGCAAGCUGGUUAUUCUUUUGGGAUGUGAGGAUAGAACACACAAGAAAAGAUCAGAACCAGAGGUGUACCUGCCAUUUGGAGGUAAACGAGAGCAUGGAGAGCAAUUGGACGAUACAACAGUCAGAGAAUUUAACGAAGAGACAGCUAUGAUGUUCCAAGAUCGAUUGGAAGAGGUUAGAGAACAAUUGGGAGAAACACCCAAAUACGAAAGACUAUGGUUCCCACAUGCCAAAUACGCACUUAGCUUUAUCGAAUUGCCAUACGAUCAUCAAAUAUCAGAUACCUUUUUAGAACGCUUGAAAGACAAUACAAGAGAUUGUGACCAGAUAUCAAUCGAAUGGGUCGAUCCUCUCGAACUACUUCCAGCACUUGGCAAUCUACCAAGAUUCAAAAGAUCAAAUGGUGAAAUGGGACUAUGUGCAGUAUUCUUUGGUCAAAUGGUAAAGACAGUAGUCUAUCACAUGAGAAAAUUAUUCCCAGAUUUUGAACAACGAUGUAAAGAAGCAACGGAAAUUUGUAUAAAAGCAAAACAACAAAAACAACUAGAACAACAACAACAAGAAGAUUUAAUUAGAUCAAGUCAAGAAAGAGACAGUAGUCAUCAAGAAUCAUCAACAUCAUCACCAACUAGUAGUAGUAGUAGUAGUAGUAGUAGUAGUAGUAGUAGUAGUAGUAGUAGUAGUAGUAGUAGUAGUAGUAGUAGUAGUAGUAGUAGUAGUAGUAGUAGUAGUAGUAGUAGUUGA